UGUACCCGCUCACGUACGGACAUAAGAGAACAAAGAUCGGCUCUUUAAAAUAGGAUCCUUUUUUGCGCCUUAAUUCCAACAAAUGACCAGAAAGUUUUUUUUCGUUAUUUAUGUUAUUAUAGUAUAGGUAGUGUUCAGUAUGCCUUAUACCACGAGUCCAUUAAUGUGAUAAACGUGAUCGUGACGAUUUCUCUGCAUUAAUAUUAUAAUACGGAACCGCAUCAGAACUCUUAAGUCUGAAGUCGAUUUUCAAACGUCUUUAGACUAUAACUAAUAUUAUAACCGCUCGUUGAUUCAAAAUGUUUAAUGUUUUAAUAUUUUAGCCUUUAGGUACCUAAUUGUUCUGUGCUAAUACCCAUUCUAUAUUCUAUAAUACAAUAAUAUAGUUAUUAAUUACGGUGGUUACUUGGUUACCUAGUUUCUACGCCAUUAGCUCUGUAGCUGUACUAGUGUACUAUAGUCGUCGUGUAUAAGUAGGUAGCAAGUGGUAGAGGAAGCGAUACGGAUUGAUUAAGUGAUAACAUAAAUAUUAAAUAACAACAAGUAUUACGAUAGCAUAACAAUAAACAACAAAAACAACAAUAAAAACAGCGACGACGAAGAUCACAGACCAUCGACCAGUAGUGUACAAACUACUCCGAACACUUCGAACAGUCCAUCGGUAUUCAGUAGAUCACAGUGACUACUGCUGCGUCCGCAGGAGUCGUUCAUCGCGAAAUGAAAAACGUAUUUCUUAUCACCGUCAUCGGGUCGCUGGUGGCAUUUGCAUACGUAAGUUACGCGUGCAACGAGGCCGUAUGCGCGUCGAUCGUCUCCAAGUGCAUGAUUACACAGUCGUGCAAGUGCGACUUGGUAAAUUGUUCGUGCUGCAAAGAAUGUUUCAGUUGCCUCAACAAUUUGUACAGUGAAUGCUGCUCGUGUGUGGACAUGUGUCCAAAACCAAAUAUUACUACUAAUGAAUUGAGCAGAAAAAGCCACGUAGAAGAUUUGUCGGAUUCUGUUGUGACUUUAUUUACUGCUCUUGUUUCGGAACCAGAUCUACAACAACGAUGGGAAUCAUUAACAUAUCCAAUUGAUUUGGACAUUGAAAUGUUCCAACCAGAUUUUCAAAAAGAAUUCAAGUUGUUACAACAAAAUUCUGCUCAAGAUGUAUCUUCUAUGAAGAUUACUUUAAAUUGUUCUGUGGUAUUCAUGAGUCAAUGUUUGUCUUGGAACAAAUGUAAGGCAUCUUGUAUAUCAAUGGGUGCUAAAAGCUAUAGAUGGUUCCAUGAUGGAUGUUGUGAAUGUGUUGGUGAACUCUGUUUGAAUUAUGGAUUAAAUCAGAGCCGGUGUAAGCACUGUCCAUUAAAAGGAGCUGUUGUACCAACAAUAAGUGAAGCUGAUUAUGGUGAUGAGGAAGAUGACGAUGAAGAAAUGAUACAAUAAGUAAUGAAUUUUCAUUACUAAAGUACUACUUUAAAUUUGUAUAUAAUAUAAUUUUGUUGUUUAUUUUAUUUUAUUUUUUUUUUUGUUGACAGAACUAUCAUAUCAGUAAAUUCCUACUCUGUACUUUUAUAAAUAUUAUGACUUAACUACUUAGAUGAGAAAGAAGUUUACUUAGUUGUAGUGUACUUUUUUGGAUCUGACUGUCAUAUGAUUGAGCGAUUAUCUUAUUUUGAUUUUAAUUUAGACUAUUGUAUUUAUUUUUAGUUAAUUUUAUAACUUAUGGUAUUGAACAUGACCAUUAUGUCCAUUAUUGUGUACACUAAAUUAUUAUUAAUCAAAAAACUAAAUAAGUUCAGUAUGUCUUUUUAAUACUUAAAACUCAUGUUUUAGUUAAUUUUCAAUAUUUUAAAUUAAAAAAAAUUACACAAAUUAUAGUUGUUAAUAAUUCACCGCAAUUUUGUAUACAAUCUCAUUUUUUUAGUUAAUUUUUAAGUUUUUAUAAUUGUUUUGCCAUACUUAUUAAUUAUUUCAUAUUUUUAAGUAAACUUUUUUUUACAUUAAUGUUCUUGUUUAGAUGAGUAUAGAGGCAAAUGCAACAAAACUGUAGUGCACAACUUUGCUCACUUUUAUAAUUUUAAAAAUUUAUAUAUAUGUAACAAAAUAUUAUGUUUGAGCGGUUUCAAAAUAUGAUAUUAGAAAUAUAAAAAAUAAAAUUUUAA